UAUGGAUGUAACUUAAGUUUAAAGGUUGUUUGCUAUUAGGGACUCGCAAAAGGGAAAACCAGACACGUCGAAACAAAGCAAUGCCCAAAUCAUGGAGACACAAACCAGUGCAAGUAAAAGGAGGCUUUGCAAAUAAGCAGCUGUGCUUUAACUUGACAGCUGCCCACCUGUUUUCAUGCUGCUCAUGCGCAUGAGAAUGCGUUACCAACUUCAUGCAUGUGCAUGCUUCUGCCUAACUCACACUCACAGCUACAAGCUCCGUUCGGCCCUCUUGUAACAAUCGUUAUUCAGGUAUGAUAAGAGUGCCCUCUUUAAUGCCGGGUACCCAAGAGUGCUCUACAUGAGAUUAUCGAUUGGCAUCAUCUUAUCUAAAUACAUUUGAAUUGGCACCCCAUCGGCAGCCGUCAGAAAACAUUUUCUUGAGUCGCUAUGAAUAACCUUGGAAAAAGCAUGUCAUCUCCAAUUCCCCUUUUAAUAUUUAUUAUGGUAAUUUUGCUACAUGAUCAAUCUUCUGCAGGCUGAAUAGUUGUGCAUGCCUGUAAUUCAGCACUGUAGAGCCGCAGGUUGGUGGAUCACACCAAUGGUGUGAAACAUCAUCUGUGGCCCCUCCUCCUGCCUCAGAGUGGUUCUCGCUCUUCCAGAUAGAGUGAAUACUGCGUGGCAUUGGCGUAUUACAAGUUGACAUUAUUAUCAUAACCUCUGAAUGUGAAUAUCUUCUGCUGCCCAUCGUCUAGAGGAACAUGUCGAUUAAAGAGCCUGGGGCAGGGACCAUCCGGAUGAUGAGUUUUGAAAACAGCUUUUUGGUGGGACGCCAACGUUCACAGAUUUUUUGUUCCCACGCGUACCUUGCCCCAGAGGCGUACCUGGGCCACAUGUCAUCUUUCCCGGUUGACAUGUGGGGACUGGGUUGUACAGUGGCCGAGUUGGCUACCGGACGCAUCCUCUUUCCGGCCAUCAACAAACACGACCAGCUCCCGUGUUAUAUGGAGACCCUCGGGAUGCCUCCUCAGAAUUUGAUUGAUGGCGCGCCUGGGAGAAACAAGUACUUUGAUGGUUCGGGGAUGCCUUUGAUGUCCGGACAAAGCAGGGUCCCAGGCAGUCACCCCCUCUACCUGGCACUCGGGAGCCAGGACACGGAGUUCCACGACUUCAUUAGCCGCUGCCUGGAAUGGGAUCCAGCUCUGCGGAUGACACCAGCAGAGGCACUGGCGCACAGCUGGCUGAGGGAUGAGGAAAUUCCGAGGGAUGAGGAAAUUCCGAGGGAUGAGGAAGUGCCGAGGGAUGAGGAAGUGCCGAGUCAGUGUGUCCCUGUUGUGGACACAUCAAUCCACUCAGAGGCAUCCGCCAAGGAGGAGACUAGACAGUGGGGUGAACCCCUGCAGAAAGAGAAGAAGAAGUCACGUCUGGUUCGAGCAUACAGGGCCGUAUGCUCAUUCUUCCGUGGCUUUAAGAAAUGCACCGCAUGCGACCAUAAUGCUCAUCCUGGGCGUGUACACAUUCCACACACCGUAUACACACACGCUCGCCUAAGCGAAUACAUGAGCAACUUCCGGUGCUAGCAUCAAUAUCAGAUCCCAUCUCCUGAGUUUUUUACCCCCACACAUUUAGAAUAAAUCCCCUCUUAAC